ACUGAACACAGGAAUCCGGAGGGUCGUACCUACUGGUUCAAUACCGGAACUCAACAAAGUGUAUGGGAGAAACCAGAUGAUUUGAAAACGCCUUUUGAACGUGCUCUUACCCAAACCAAAUGGAAGGAGUAUUUUUCUGGGGGAAGAAAGUACUAUUACAAUACGGAGACAAAAGAAUCUAAAUGGGAUAUGCCCGAUGAGCUUCUCCUGGUGUUGGAAAAAGUUGAAAAAGAAGCUCAGGUAGUCGCCCCCACGAGAGCUCUGACGGCUCCAGGUUUUACCCCAGUUGGAGGCUCUAUACAAGGCGCUGAUCCAUCCUCAUCUGCACCCGCUUCUCAGCCGAAUCAAAACGGGAACAGCCUCGCAGUCGGUCCACAUAUCAGCGCUCUUCCUUUGGCGCCCAGUAGCAUUCUUCCGGCACGUCCAAAUUUACCAGACGACCCAGUCAUUCCGCACAAUGGUUUCCUUACAGUAGAAGAGGGCGAGAAGGCUUUCACUCAUUUGUUACGAAAAGCCGGUGUUGAUGCUAAUUGGACUUGGGAUCAGACGAUGCGAGCUAUUAUCACUGACCCACUAUACAAAGCAUUGAAUACUCUCGCUGAGAAGAAAGCUUGCUGGGAAAAGUUCACGACAGGUUUAAAAGCAAAGGAACAAGAGGAACGAGAGGCAAGGCUGGGGAAACUUCGACCCGCUCUCCGUAACAUGCUCAAGGGCAAUCCCAAUGUCUUUCAUUACACGACGUUCCAGACUGCGGACAAACUUUUCGCCCAACAUCCAAUAUGGCAGCAGGGAAGAAUAGAAGCUGAGCGAAGGCUCGUUUUCGAAGAGUACGUAGCAGAAUUGAAACAACGAGAAGUGCAAGAAACCCGGGCUGCACGUGCGCGUAGCGUCUCCAAGGUUGUUUCUCUGUUCAAACAGCUAAAUGUUGACGUCGUAACCCGUUGGAGGGCGGCGCACAACAUGCUGAUCGAGUCAGAAGACUGGAAUGAUGAUCAGGAAUUACGCAAGUUACCAACCCUUGACAUUCUUCUCGCAUUUGAAGAUUAUAGCCGAGUGCGCGAACGUGAAUACGAGGAACAAAUGAGAAGAGCUCAGGUGGAAAAGACCAGGAAAGAGCGCAAAGCUCGAGAGUCAUUCAAGGCCCUUCUUCAGGAGCUUGUUAAAUUAGGAGCUAUCAAGGCGCGUACCAAGUGGAAGGAAAUUUACCCAUUAUUCCGUGAUGACGAAAGGUAUCUCUCGAUGUUGGGCAACCCAGGCUCGAACCCGCUUGAGCUGUUUUGGGAUAUCGUCGACGGGAUGGACCAGCAACUGGACGCGAAGAUUGCUGCGAUGGUUGACGCACAGGCACCAAACAGCCCUUUCGUCACUGCGGAAACAACGUGGGAUGAUUUCAUGACUGUUAUAAAUGCCCAUGCAGAUAGUAACGUCAAAUCCUUGUCUGAGGAUGAUCUGAAAAAUUUGCAAGACGUUGCUCUCAAAGCUCAAGCUGAUGAGAAACGCAGAGCUGAAAGGAAGCAACGACAUCUUCAAGAUGAUUUACGCUAUGCGCUGAAGAAGCUUCACGAACCCAUUGACAUCUCUAUGGCUUAUGAAGACAUUGUACCUCUCAUUGAAGACCUCCCGGAAUAUAAAGCUCUGGAUGACGAAGAAGGGCGACGCGCCGCGUUCACCAAAUUUGUCAAGAGGCAAAAGGAAAGGCUACGUGAGGCGGCUUCAGAAGAUGGUGCUUCCACCACGAGCAGGAAACGCAAGGAGCCUGCUCGUGACCAUCGGGAUGGUGAAAGAGACAAGGAAAAAGAACGGGAUCGUGACCGUGACCGCGGCGAGCGUGAAAGGGAGCGGGAGAAGGACAGAGAGCCUCAUCGUGAAAGAACCAAAGAUUAUGAUCGAGGAACAAGGAGUUCCCGCCAUCACCGGUAUGACGACUAUGAGACAGAGCGACGGACCUCUCGAGACUAUGGUCGCGAGAGAGAGAAAGACAAGGACCGCGAUGGUUACAGGUCUUCAAAGCAUCAUAGGGACGGCGAGAGAGAUGAUCGGAAAAGGGAUCGUGAAGGCGGAAGAGACAGAGAGAGGAAAUCAUCGAGG